GUGAGAAAGCUGGGUCGUAGGAGAAAACCCAAGAGGCCGCGCGAGGAGCAAGCGCAGGACGACGGCGAAUAUGUCGAGGUCCCUGUUGAGCCGAACGGAAGGUGGCUGUGGGUUGAAGAUGAGCCACAAGAGGAGGUAGAACACAACGAGCUUUAUCCGACGGAACCUUCUGGGCCACCGCCGCAAUGGAGCGAGGAGCCUACUGAGGCGGAGGAGCCAGAGGAGCCACAGGAAACGGAGCCGCAGGAAGAGGAGCCAUCUACUUCCAGCAGUUCACGGCCAG